UGGACAAAACGUGGUCGGGCUUUGCCGCUUUGCCGGUGCGGCUGGCGCUCGGCACGCGUAUUGUUUAAUAACGAGCCCGCCUCUGCUUCCUGCAGGAGCAACUGCCACCCCAGCAUUUUGGCGGGCAUGCGGAGGGAGUACGCCAGGCCGCAGUUCCUGCCCCUGGACGCCGAGCACGCCCACCACGACUUCAUCUUCAUGGGGUACUCCCAGGGCGCCGCCAUGCACCUGGAUUACAUCAGUCGACUGAUGUGGCAAGCCCAGUUGAAGGGUCACAAAACCUGGAUGUUGACUCCCCCUCCUGAGUGUGAGCAUGUAUGCUCUUCAUUUUCUUUCCGCGCUGCUCCCGGGGAUGUCGUGCUUUUGGACACCCGCCAGUGGUACCAUAAGACUCAAAUCGAUGAGAAGGAAUUUAGUCUUACAGUUAGCUCAGAGUAUGGUUAGUCAACUUUACUCUGGCUAAAAAAAAAUAAAUGAGUAUUUCUUGUCAAAUGUAAGUUACCGUAGUUAAUAACAGUAUUCUUUUACAUGUGUAGACUUAAAACAUUUUAAGCAUUGUUGCUACUUUCAGAAUCAAAAUGUGACUCUGAUUUUGUUUCAUCUCCCAUCAAUGUACUUAUUUUUUUGUGAUAUUUUAUAAUGUUAUCAACAUUAUUUUACUAGAGUUGAACUCCUUAUGUGGAUGUAUUUGUGCCAUAGAUUUCUCAAUAAAACAUUUGAAAUGUCUAAGAAAA